CCUGGCUUAAAGCCAAAUUAACUCUGGGCGUACACAUAAUGUUUCGUUUUGCCAGUUGUUAAUUAAAAGUUGUCAUUUUAAAAUAAAUAAAACGAUAAACGCUCCGAAAGUAACGUAUAACGUUUAACGGAUCAAAAUCAAACAUCGAAUCAAGUUGUAAAUUACAAUGCAGCAUGGAUCACAAUUUGAAACAGGAAGCCUUGCCGAAUGCCAUUUCCGGGCAUGACUCCAGAAACUGGACGGCAUUGCACGAAGCCGUUGCUGCAGGAGAUGACAGACGAGUGCAAAUUCUGCUGUCGAGCAAUGCGGAUCGCCUGGCCAGGGAAUCGAAUCAGGGCAACACACCAUUGCACGAGGCGGCCAGUCGCGGACUCAGUCGCUGCGUUAAGUUGCUCUGUGCACCGCCGUCCGCCAAGACACAGCACAAGGAGCAGAAGAGCAGGCUGAAGACAAGAGUAGCCAACACGAUCGAAGCUCUGCACAACAGCACGCUGAGCAUUAUUAACAAUGAGGGCUUAUCUGCGCUUCAUUUGGCUGCCCAGAAUGGGCAUAAUCAGAGCUCCAGGGAACUGUUGAUGGCCGGCGCAGAUCCCGAUGUUCAGAACAAGUACGGCGAUACUGCGCUGCAUACAGCCUGUCGCUAUGGCCAUGCAGGCGUCACUCGGAUUCUCCUUUCGGCCCUGUGCGAUCCCAAUAAGACGAACCUGAAUGGAGACACUGCGUUGCACAUUACCUGCGCUAUGGGCCGACGGAAGCUAACACGGAUUUUGCUGGAGGCAGAUGCUCGCUUGAAUGUGAAAAACGCGCAGGGCGAUACGCCGCAAAGUAUUGCGAUCAGAAAGAAUUAUCGUGAGAUCAAUGAAAUUCUAAGCACGCCAAAGCGUAUACGUAAUAGAAGAGAGAAGCCAAAAGAUACUGAUAAAUCGGCGCCUGCUCAGGAUAAAGACAAAGAUAGUGUAGAUAAGGCAAUCAAUUGGUCACCCUACGGCUGUCACUAUUUCCCUGAUCCGCGUUCAUUUCCAUCGCCCAAACUAGAAACCUUACCCAAAGAGCCGCUGAAGCAAGGCGAGCAGUAUUUCCUUGACCUCGCCGGACACAUACACAAGGGUCCCGUUAGCGUGGGCAACACCUGCUAUUGCGGUCCCUUCUUCCGGCACAUAGAGAAUAAACUGAACUGUAAUCGGAAAAGCUUAAAGAAGUAUGUGCACAAGACAAAGGAGCGGCUGGGCCACAAGGUCCAAGCACUGGCAAUUAAGACGAAUGAUCAAAUCGAGCAACUGACUCGAACAAUGAUCGAGGAUCGCAUUCGCUGUGAGAGCAAGCGGCAGUACCUCAACGAAUACCUGCGCCGUGGACAGCCAUUUCGCUCCACAUUUGACAAUCAGACUAAAACUCAGAGGGUCGAACGCACGUUGUCUCGAUGCCGAAGCCUGGACUUGCUUGAAAGUAAUUUUGAGAGCGGCAAAAUGUCCAACUCGAAGAGCGUUGACAUUCUGGAGAACGAAAAUCAAACAGUAGUCGAUAUUGUAUACCAUUCGCAGUCGAAGGAAGCGCCCGGUGAGAGCGAUUCAAAUGAAGAUUCUCAAUCGAAUUCGAGCAUUGAAGUUACCGAGAAUCGAAAUGAUGUGAUGAACACAGCUGCUCUUUCGGCAGCUGAGGAGGAACUGAAGCAAACGAAAUUGAAUGAACUGAAGCAGGACUUCCUCAAGGUAUCGGAGCGACUUGGAGAUUUGCUAGAGAAAACCACUCUCAUCAUGGAGCGAGACAAUGAACAGGAGAAUAAACGUCAGCUCUGCUCUCUGUCGCCAGAGCAAAGUCAUCCAUCCAUGUACAGUCCAGAGAAUCCGUGUCUCCUACUGGAGAAUAAAGACAAUGCCAAUAGUCCGAGCUACGACGAGUAUACAAAUGUACAAAGACGUUAUCCGAACUCAAGUGAAACGUCUAACCCAUCUCAAAACUCAAACAGUUGGGAGUUUGAAACGACCCCGCCAGACGCCCAAAGGUAUUACCAUUGCAUUGGUAGAGGAGAAACCAUGCUGAACACGGUAAUUAAAGCACUACGGAAAGAUGCCGCCUUUACGGAUCACAACAAGGACGACGUGACCUUUAAUCAAAAUGCAGAUAGAGGCUGCGGAGACAAGUUACUCUACAAGGAGCAAGCUCAAAGCACACCCUCUCCAUCUCCAUCGGCGUCAUGCAGCACAGAUGCCGUCUUUCAAGCGCAACAGUCACACUCAAGGUCCAUACACAAAUCCAUAUCGAAUCUGAUGAAAAGACAGCCGCUUUGCUUAGAGGAUAAUUACGCUGUCAAUGCAACUCUUUAUAACCCCAAUGCCAUGAGUAUUGGCCAAGCAGACAUUCCACAUCACGCAGCUGGAGGCGCACACUUGAGGCAAAACUCCAAUGAAGCUGCUGGAAAAGUUGAAAUUAAAAACAGCGAAAUAAAAUACCUAAAGAAAUCGAAUACGGGCCAAGUAAAGGACAUGGUGGCUCAGUUGCAGGGCAGGAUUGAUUCAAACAUGCAGUUCGAGAAUGAUGUCGCCUUGAGCUACGAUCUGCCGCACUCACAGAUGAUGGUGCCCAAUUUGAAUAACAAUCUCCACAGCAUAUCUACUCCGGAAAACGGUUGUCAGCUGCCGUUGCAGAAUCCUUCAUCACUGUAUGCAGCGCAUAUGAGAAAAGCUCAUUACGCGCCAUUCGGUGCAGCCGAGAGGCACAUACCCAAAGAUGCGUACUUUCAUGAUCUUCCAAAUCGAUCACGAAAUCUGCAAAGAACCCAAAAUGUUUACUCUGGCGACUUGGGAAACGUCAGGCUGCCCGUUGGCUAUGCAGCACAGCAAGAGUAUCGCACGCCCAAUUCUCAGUCUCAAUCCCUCCAUUUGCAGCCACACGAUCAUGAGCCCUUGCACGGGGAGUACGUUAGCCGAGCAGCUGCUAUGACUGACACUAAUCAGCUGCAAUAUCCACACGGAAAUGUGGCGCACAAUGUCAACUCGAUACGAUCCCAGGCUAUGGUUUUUCGAAAUCAACUCCCGCAUAAUGUUUUAAACAGUGAUGUGGACAUCGACGUUGAUGAAAUCGCAUCUGUGGGCUUAUACAAUAAUGUCUCCAGCUUGGUUUGAAACACAUCGAGCAAGUUAAUAAUGUAAAUAAUAUAAUUGUGCAGAUU